GAGCAGGACCAGAAGUUGCAGGAGUUUUUGAAUCCGAAGCCAUACCUCACGGUGGACACGCUGCUCACGCCGUUGAAGAAGGAGAUCUACGUGGCGAACGUGGCGAAAAACGGCUUUUUCAAGAACAUGGACCUCGUGAAGCUGAAGGACGGGGCCUCGUACACGCUGAACUUGACGCAGCAGCAGAUCGAGGCGCUCGAGCCCUCCGUGUACUUGAGGUCGUGGAGAAUCAAGUCGUCGGUGAAGAAAACGAACAUCGUGCUCAGAGCGUUGAAGGACCUGCCUGUGAAGAAGGCCAUCACGCAGCUCCAUUUCAUGGAGAAGAAGGUGGCGAGAGAGCUUGUGGAGAUGUUGGAGAGAGGUGUCAAGGACGCGGAGAAGAUGAACUACAACCCGGACGACCUCUACAUCUCCGAGUCGUGGGUGCACACCGACGGCCACUGGCUGAAGAGAGUCGACUGCAAGGGUAGAGGUAGAGCGGGUGUUUUCACCUUCAAGUGGGUCAGUGUCCGGUUCUUGCUCAAGACCAGCCAGACCACCAAGCGGUUGGCGCAUCUCGCUGCAGAGAGAGACGCCAACAAGAAGGUCUUUUGCGCCGUGUCCAAGGGCAAGAUCAGAGGAAACGCCCCAGGCUUCUAUAGAUGG